GCACUUAUGAAAUUGCUAUUUUAAUUUGUUGUUAAAAGAAGUGCACUAAUAUAACUGUGGAAAAUACACAUCAUCGCCUGAAACUGACUGAACUUCAAUCAAAGCAGCGCAAUUAGCAGCAGCGCAGUACUAAAUUUUCGCAAAAUUUAAUCUAUAAAACUCGCCAAGAAGAAAAGUUGUUCCAGAAACCUAAAUUUUUGUGAAAAGCAGCAAAAUGAGUCUUGUCUGGACUUUGAUUGCCUCAUUUCUGUACGCAGAAAUUGUGGUUGUACUUCUCCUGGUAUUGCCUAUAGCCAGUCCUUACAAAUGGAAUCGUUUCUUCAAAUCGAAGUUUUUAGCGAUGCUGGCACAGCAGGCGCAUUUAUACUUCUUCCUCAUAAUGGGUGUAUUAAUUUUAUUCCUAUUGGAUGCAAUUCGUGAAAUGAGAAAGUAUUCGACGCACGAAGCUGGCGGUCACGAACAUCUGAAUGUCGAAAUGCAGCAUAGCAUGCGUCUCUUCCGUGCACAACGUAACUUUUAUAUUUCGGGUUUUGCAAUCUUUCUGGUGUUAGUCAUACGUCGUCUGAUUACACUGAUCUCUGCGCAGGCAAACUUGUUAGCUCAAAGUGAAGCUUCAAUGAAACAGGCACAAAGUGCCACAGCAGCUGCACGUACAUUGAUGGCCGAGAAGAGUACCGAGAAAGCAAAGGAAGCCACUGAGGAUACCACACUUAAUGAGCUCAAUGAAAUGCGUAAGAAAGUACAAGAGCUCACCGCCGACUUGAAUCGUGAGAAGAAGGAUAAGGAGGCUUUAAAAUCGCAAGCAGAAAGCUUGAACAAGGAGUACGACAGACUUACCGACGAAUAUAGCAAAUUGCGAAAGAAGAUUACAAUCAGCGACAAUAGCGGCGGUAAGAAGGACGAUUAAGCGAAGAAAGUAGUCAGUACUCAAUGGAAAAAUAUACGAUUUAAUCACUUCAAACAUAUUUUUGCUACUGAGUUACAUAUGCAGCUGCAGCUGAAACGGUUUAUGGACUGUCGUUUACAUCUCAAAGAGACUUGAAGAAUUUUAAAAUGAAAAGUGAUGUGUUUAUUUAAAUUGAAAGAAAUUCUCUGAAAUGUUAUGGAAAGCGAUUUAUAUUAGUAGUAGUAUAUAUAAAUAUAUGUAUGAACGUUAAAAAUAACAAAUAAUUAAUAUUUAUACAGAUCAAAAUCUUUCUUCUAAUUGCUUUGUAGUUCUCUUAAGAAUUUAUCUUUAGCGUGUUGGUUAAUAUUUUCUCACAUAUUUAAACGUAUUAUUUCUUUUUUUAUAUACAGAAAACUUGAAUUAUUAAUAAAUAGCUGUAUGCUUGAAUUGACAUGCAAA